CGGGCUGGUUAGCGAGAGCUGCUAAACCAACUGACGGACACAGACGCCGCCGCAGCCGCCUGGAUACAGCGCCGCUUCUGCCUCCUUCGUGGACUCUAACGUUACAGACACCCAGUUCGAACAGGGCAGCGGUAGUUUGGUAGCUGGCGGUCACUGUUGCUGUUGUGGUCCGGGGAAAAGAGACGUUAUUUUUUCUCGUUACUUCGAUGAGGAGCAGCCACAGGGCGUUAGAGAGCCUCCACCUGUUAUUUGCCAUAUCGCCGAGCUAAGUUAGCUAGCGUUAACGCCGCCGUUGACUGCUAGCUCUCGUUAGCUGUCGCUAAGUGGCUGAUAAAUCCGCUCCCUGCGCACCAUAACAAGGUACUCAAUAUGCUGCAGUGAGUGAUACACUGUGCGCUGAUUUUGAUGAUGGCCAUCAUGGGAACUGAAACAUGCACGGACCCAGCGGUCUGCCCCACAAUGCAGCCCAACGACACGUCCAAGGAAUACUGCUACUCUGCUCGAAUACGCAGUACUGUGCUCCAGGGCUUGCCGUUCGGUGGAGUGCCCACUGUCCUUGCCCUCGACUUUAUGUGCUUCUUGGGGCUGCUGUUUGUAUUCUCCAUCUUACGAAAGGUAGCAUGGGACUACGGACGUCUUGCACUGGUGACUGAUGCAGACAGAAGAAUGGAUCAGCGCUACAGCCGUUUGGAUGAUCGGGAAUACGUGGCCUCUGCCAUGACGUCAGACACACCUGAACGCUACGAGCGCCUCACCUCAGUCUCCAGCUCAGUGGACAUUGAGCAGAGAGACACAGGUUUCUGCUCCUGGCUGACCGCCAUCUUCCGUAUCAAGGAUGAGGAGAUCAGGGAGAAGUGCGGUGAGGAUGCAGUGCAUUACUUGUCCUUUCAGCGCCACAUAAUCGGCCUGCUGGUCGUGGUGGGUGUGCUCUCUGUAGGCAUCGUCCUACCUGUUAACUUCUCUGGAAACCUACUUGAAAACAAUGCCUACAGUUUUGGGCGAACUACUAUAGCGAAUUUAGAUGCCAAAAAUACACUACUAUGGCUGCACACUACUUUUGCAUUCCUCUACCUGUUACUGACGGUGUACAGCAUGAGACGGCACACUUCUAAGAUGCACUACAGAGAGGAUGACCUGGUGAAACGCACUUUAUUCGUCAAUGGAAUCUCUAAAUAUGCGGAGGAGAAGCACAUAAAGCAGCACUUUGAGCACGCAUAUGAAAACUGUGCUGUGCUAGAGGCUCGUAUCUGUUACAAUGUGGCUAGGCUGAUGUACCUUAACUCUGAAAGGAAGAAGACAGAACGCAGCAGGAAAUUUUUCACCGACCUGCAGGCCAAAGAGCACGUUCCCACCAUGAUCAACCCAAAGCCCUGCGGACACCUCUGCUGCUGUGUCAUCAAAGGCUGUGAGCAGGAAGAGGCGGUGAGCUACUAUACCAAGUUGGAGGCAAAACUAAAGGAGGAAUAUCGGAAAGAGAGAGAGAAGGUCAACAGCAAACCACUGGGAAUGGCCUUUGUUACUUUCCAGAAUGAGGCCAUCACUGCCAUAAUCUUGAAGGACUUUAAUGCCUGCAAGUGUCAGGGUUGUCACUGUCGUCGAGAGCCUAGGUCAUCUCCAUUCAGCAGUAACCUCCACAUACAGAACUGGACUGUCAGCUAUGCCCCUGACCCACAAAAUGUCUACUGGGAGCAUCUGUCAGUGGGAGGAUUCUCCUGGUGGAUCCGCUGCUUCAUCAUCAACUGUGUGCUCUUCCUCCUCCUCUUCUUCCUCACCACCCCAGCCAUCAUCAUCUCCACCAUGGACAAAUUCAAUGUCACCAAACCUGUUGAGUACCUAAAUAAUCCAAUCAUCACCCAGUUCUUCCCCACCCUCCUGCUGUGGGCCUUCUCUGCCCUGCUGCCCACUAUUGUGUACUACUCGGCCUUCUUUGAAGCUCACUGGACCCGGUCAGGAGAGAACAGGACUACAAUGCAUAAAUGCUACACUUUCUUAAUCUUCAUGGUUCUGCUGCUGCCCUCCCUUGGACUCAGCAGUUUGGAUGUUUUCUUCCGCUGGCUUUUUGACAAAAGAUUCUUGGCAGAUGCUGCAGUGAGAUUUGAGUGUGUGUUCCUUCCCGACAACGGGGCCUUCUUCGUGAACUACGUCAUUGCCUCCGCGUUCAUUGGUAACGCCAUGGACCUGCUGAGGAUCCCGGGUCUGCUCAUGUACAUGAUCCGCCUCUGUCUGGCUCGCUCUGCUGCCGAGCGGAGGAACGUCAAGAGGCAUCAAGCUUAUGAGUUCCAGUUUGGAGCGGCAUACGCCUGGAUGAUGUGUGUCUUCACUGUCGUCAUGACCUACAGCAUCACCUGCCCAAUCAUUGUCCCUUUUGGCCUGAUGUACAUGCUGUUGAAGCACCUAGCGGACAGGUACAACAUGUAUUACGCCUACCUGCCUUCCAAACUGGACAAAAAGAUCCACUCUGGGGCAGUUAACCAGGUGGUCGCAGCCCCAAUCCUCUGUCUCUUCUGGCUUCUUUUCUUCUCCACUGUUCGUGCGGGUUUUUCAGCCCCAACAUCCAUGUUCACGUUUGUAGUUUUGAUCAUCACAAUCAUUGUCUGCCUCUCUCACGUCUGCUUUGGACACUUUAAAUAUCUCAGCGCUCACAACUACAAGAUUGACACCCAGGAUGUGGAUGGCUUGGAGAAUGGGCGUCCAGUGCGUACCUCUCCCACUGGCAAGGCAGCACAGAUGUACAUUGCUGAGGUACUACAAGACCCAAACUCAGAUGAGGUCGGUUCAGGCAGUGGUGAGGAUGAUGGUCAGGGGUCCUCGCAGGACGAGGAAAUAAUCAAUGUUGGAAACGGCCUGAAUGAGGAUUUCCAGUCCGGUGAGGACAGCCUCAUCGAUAAUGAAGUGCGGCACUGAUGCUGCCAGGAACAUAAAAUACUUAAGGAGUGCACUGAAUAUGUGAAUGAACUAUGAACUGAACCAAGAGUUGUACAGGGCAUCUCAACCUACAUCAAGGGACUCAACACUAACAUAGCACACUAUCUACUAAGGAUUAAAGAGAUAGUUGCAAAGGACUCUCCUUCAACAGGACUCACUACAUCAACAACAUCUACAAAUGUCAAAGGAAAUCUCUGAUGACAAAGCGAGGACACAGACAUCCUUCUGCUCCUGACAUAGCAUAGGCACAACCCAAGACACUGCACAGGGUCCCAUGCAGGAAAGACACUAAUGCACAAAUGAAGAAAUUAGUUUCUUUUUUUUGCCUUGACAUGUAAGGGGACUCAUUUUCUGUGUGUAUUUCCUUAACAUUAUUGCACUUGAAAGAGAGGACCUGUCUCUGUGCCCUGCACCGAUGGGGUGAUGUGGCAAGUUUUUCUCCCCUCCUAUAAGCUUGAGUGGUAGUUGUAUUGGUUAAAUGGCAUGCCUUCAGUUUCAGAGGGUGGAGGGAUUUCCCCAUAAUCCUUUGCCAGUAUCCCUAAUUGUCUGCACUAAAUGCCGCUGCUGAAUAAGCAGCUUACGAGAGAGAAGAGAAGGGAGAGCAAGAGACGAGCUGUUCACACAAACAGUUAACCUGAUCUCUGCGGCUUUGAUGGUCAAUGAACGGUUCUUCCAACCCUGUGUAAGACUUACAACACUACACUGCUACUAACACUCCUCAUGCUUUGGACACUUUGACACUGUACAGCUACAAAAAUCUGGAUUUGUAAAAUAGCCUUUUUUGACAUGGUAUUUAUUUUUAGGCAUGGAAUUUUAAAUGCUAUUGAGAAAGCUCACACCCCUAAACUGUGGAUGAAGAUAGUUCUCAUCUUGGCACUCUUUACCUUGGUAAGGAUUUUUGGUGUUCAGUCUUUAACCUUUUUUUGGUACUGCUGUUGGACUCUGCUCCCAAUGGGCACCCCAAGGGGGGUAGAUCCCUGCACUGCCCCAGAAAGAGGACAUGGACAGGGACCGCGGAGCCUACCUGCCCUCUGUGUGGCUCUGUUUCUGGAAACACAGGCCUCUGGCCCUCGGGACUUGGUUUCAGCUAACACUCAUUGAGGAAGUUUCUCUGCAUCUCUCCCACCAUUGUUCUCAACAUUUUGUGCAGAUGUUUACAUCUUUGUCUUGAGUUUUUCAUGGCUCGGUGGGUGAUGUGUCUCCAUUGUGAAUAAGCAGAUCAAGUUAUCUGGGGACAGUUGGCCCUUUCUGCCAACUUUGAAAAUAGCAUUCAGUUUAGGUGGUACAUAUAAUUUUAAUGACAUAAUGUACACUCUGUCACUGUGCCCUCUGUCUUGUUCUUUCCAGUAUUAACAUGAUUUUUAUGUAGAAGACACCUCAUCAUUUAGUUAACUUAUUUUACAUUCCAAUGGUCAUUGCACAUCAUCACAACCUCCCAGUUGCCAUUACUCAAAGAGUACUGAGUUGUAGAUCGGUUAAGUCAAAUUUCAUACUGAGAUGACAAACAUAUCAAAUUUUAGGCUAUGCCACACAAAAGUGAGACCUGCAGUUAGACCAGUGGACUUGGGGCUGAUAAAUUUUUCAGCUCACUAAUUGUUGAACUGUAGCUUUACUUUAUAUAUUUCUGAAAAUGAUUUAGCCUUGCCCAUUGAAAACUAUGAUUUUUCUUUUAAUUGUUACGGAGUAAUGGAGUGUUUCCCCCCAAAUCUACAUUCCAUUUGCGGAUCCUGUUGCCAGCUUUGUAAAUCCUCUGCCAGAGCUUUGUCAAAUAUUGUCAUUUAGAUACUGUACAUGGUAGACAUGCAGGUAGAGACUCAGCACAUGAUAGUAAAAUGUAGAUUAGGUGUCACUGAGAAAUUUCUUAUCACUUAUUUUGGUAAUGCCUCAGCCAUACCAAGCAGCCUCUUUUUGUGUUCAUCAGGAAGGCUCAUGCAGCGGCCCAGACAAAUACAUACUGUACAAAUGUAUACACCAAGUUACAAAUCUCAUAGUGGAGUGGAGUGCCUGCACAACUAUAAACUGACUCAGGAUUUAUCAAGUUUCUUACGGUUUGUUUCUGUAAUUUCAUCUCCUUUUACCAUCUUGAUCAUGGCACCGCCACACGUAUACCCCAUUAAAUAUAGAUAGGAUUGUUUGUGAAGCAAGGCACAUUGCUACAGACCAAGUCGAUCACCACAGUUUGUCAGUAUGGACAAGUUGGGAUUGGUUAAGGUGAAAGAUGUACUAUUUAGCUGCUCAGAGAACCGUUGUGGGAAAUGUGCACUAAUUUUACUUUCACUCAUAUGAUUGACAGAGGAGGGCUUAUCCCUGUGGGUAUGACGAAGACAUGGUGAUCCUGAACUGCUGCCAUAAUUUGUCCAUGGAUAGAUUAUCCCUUGUUUAAGACUUAAUUAUGGUACUAAUGAGAAAAUUGUUUGACACCAUUGACUCUGGUGCUCUUCUAGUCAUGACAAGGUGAUUUUAUUUUUAUACCUCUUCAUUUUUAUACCUCUGAGAUGUCUUGAAAUCUCUGAAUGUUUCUUGUCGAAAUAACAUGUACAGCUCUGAGGGAGAUAUUUAACAUAAGAAUCCUGAUUUCUAAUAAUCACUUUGUUCUUUCUUCUCUUUCUUUUUUCUAUUUGAAACACUGAAUGUAGUUUCAUGCCCUGACUUUGGGAAAGAAAAAUGUAUUGAUUGUUUAAUUGCAACAGCUUCAAAAGAAAAGUGGAACCGUUCACCGGGGAAGUUUUGUAAUAUGUAACAAAACUUAGUGGUGUCCAGUCACAAGUUACAGCAUUUCAUUCAAAUACAGAUCUGCAUUUGUCUGUCUGAUGAUGGGAAUGGUUUCCAGUAUUCUGUUAUUUCGGUCUGUCUCAAGUCAAGCAUUAAUGUAUUAAUUCAUCCAUGAGUUAAAACCAUUUUAUUUUGUCUUAAAAGAUAAUCUUUGCAAGAUCUGUAUAGUCAGUCGGUCUGGAAAUGAAUGGACUCUUUUUGUAAAAAGCCAAGUGUUCUCUUUAUGAAAGUUCUCAACUUGUUUGUACAGAAUAUUCAGCAGGGGUAGUGUAAUAUCUUUGCUUCUCACAACAAGUACACAGUUCAAAUGUGUUUGUGUUUGCUUUGCCUUUUUAGUUCUCUGCCUUUGCUAGACAGUAGGAUUAACAAUAGUGGAUCCCUACUCUUCUGACAGUGUGUGUCUCACUUUCUCAUUCUUCCCAAAGGGCUGUCUGUACAACAGAUAUAUCUGUACAUUUCCCCCAGUUCUUUGAACAAUAAAUCUGUAUUUAAUCAAG